AUGAAGGUCCAAGUUAUAUCAAAAGAGAUCAUUAAACCUUCAUCACCAACUCCUCCUCACCUAAGAAAUUUCAAGCUUUCGCUUCUUGAUCAAAUUCUUCCUCCAUUUUAUGUUCCCAUAGUUAUGUUCUACCCGGCUGGUGAUGAUUAUGUAACCAAUAAUAAUAUUCAUGAUCAAAGUAGUAAAUCUGAGUUUCUCAAAAAAUCGUUAUCAGAAACCCUGACACGAUUCUACCCGAUUGCUGGUAGAAUAAAAGAUAACAUCUUAAUUGAUUGUAACAAUGAAGGUGUAGAUUAUAUCGAAGCGAAAGUUAACGGUAUAAUGUCUGAUUUCAUGAGUGUCGAUGUAGUUCAUCAGCUUCAUCCUUCACACAUUAUGUUAGAUGAUGUAGCUAAAGAAGCGCAGUUGGCAGUUCAAGUGAAUUUGUUUGAUUGCGGUGGAAUCGCGAUUAGUAUAAGUAUGUCGCAUAAGAUAGUUGAUGCAUGUACGGCGAUAACAUUCAUCAAUGGCUGGGCAGCCACCGCUCGUGCAGCACCCAAACAAGAAAUCGUGUGUCCAACUUUUGACUCAGCUGCAAUCUUCCCGGCCCUACCACCAGGAGUUCAAGUAUCCUCACUCGAGUCCGAUGACUCUGUCCAAGGAGUGAACGUCGUUACGAAAAUGUUUGCAUUUACUGCUCCUAAGAUCGCUUCCCUUCGUGCAAGGAUCGCUGAGUUAAGAAGUAGCAGUGAUGGCUUGUCUAAAUACCCGACUCGUACAGAAGCGCUGUCGGCUUUAGUAUGGAAGUCGUUCAUAAGGACUAGUAGAGUGAAAGCAGCCCGCAAGUAUUCCCUCUCACCAGCAUCAACAAAGCCCGUUAUCAAAUCUGUUGCCAAUUAUGCUGUGAAUUUGCGCACGAGAUUAAAUCCACCGUUGCCUCAAGUAUCAUUUGGCAAUAUUCUCAUGGAUGCAACAGCAGAGUCGACUACGACAAUUGAUGAUGAUGAUAGUCACGAGUUUGCGGAUACGUUAGCUGGGUUGAUAGGCCAGCUGAGACUAGGGGUAAGUAGGAUCAACGGUGAUUACAUAAGGAAAUUACAAGAAGGUGAUCUCGCGUUCUUAAAAUCACUUGAUGAAGCCUCUCAUGAUUCAAAUGGUGAGAAGGUUCAGAUAUGCUGGAUAAGCAGUUUAUGCAGAUUUCCAUUCUACGAAGCUGAUUUUGGGUGGGGAAAGCCAUCGUGGGUGGCCCUAAAUACAAAUGCCGAAUACAAGAACUCUCUCUUUCUGAUGGAUACGAAAUGUGGUACAGGGAUAGAAGCAUGGGUGAGCUUAGAGGAGGAUGACAUGGCCAUAUUUGAAGAGGAUCAAGAUCUUCUCCAAUGUGUUAAAAGUAUCAACUAA